GCUGGAUGCUCUGUCCUCAGCUGGGGUUGAUGAGCGAGGACAGCUGAAUGACUGAGAGCUGGAAGUUGUUUCAGCCUCCACGAGAGGUCUGUUUGGACAUCACUUUUGCCUUAUUAAGAAAAAAAAAAAAGCGCAACCUUUGAUUGCGGGCCACCUGCAGAAGUGAGUUUUCACUGAAGAAGCCCAGCUGUUCUUCCUAGCUGCCUGCUCGGGAGGAGCCUAAGUGAGCUGCUUCUCAGGCUAGGCACGACAACGGUGCUAGCAGAUUUGCUAAAGCAGGAAACAGCCCCUGCAUGCAGAGCUUCCAGCCCGAGAGCUCCCCAGGCUAGUCCUCCAGCCGGCUGGGUAGUCAGAGACCCUUGGUAUUGUGGUCACAUCCCUCAAAAGUGAAUAGUCACCCGAAGUGGCAUUGGGAGGAAGCCACGAUGCUGCAGCUGUUGUGGCAUUUUCUGUCCAGCUUCUUCCCUGGAGCUGAGUGCCAAGGCUCCAGAGAGGGCAUCGAUCAUGAAGUCAGAGGGACCCAAGCUCCUGCUCGGGGAGACCAGAUGUCCAGCUUUUUGGGGAAACAGGAUGGAAGGGCUGAGGCCACGGAAAGGAGACCCACCAUUUUGCUGGUGGUCGGACCUGCAGAGCAGUUUCCUAAGAAAAUUGUGCAAGCUGGUGACAAGGACCUUGAUGGGCAACUGGACUUUGAAGAGUUUGUCCAUUAUCUCCAAGACCAUGAGAAAAAACUGAGGCUGGUGUUCAAGAGUCUGGACAAAAAGAAUGAUGGACGCAUUGAUGCGCAGGAGAUUAUGCAGUCCCUGCGGGACCUGGGGGUCAAGAUCUCCGAACAGCAGGCGGAGAAGAUUCUCAAGAGCAUGGAUAAAAAUGGCACAAUGACCAUUGACUGGAACGAAUGGAGGGACUAUCACCUCCUCCAUCCUGUGGAGAACAUCCCCGAGAUCAUCCUGUAUUGGAAGCACUCCACGAUCUUCGAUGUAGGUGAGAAUCUGACCGUUCCAGAUGAGUUCACAGUGGAAGAGAGGCAGACUGGGAUGUGGUGGAGACACCUGGUGGCAGGAGGCGGGGCCGGAGCCGUUUCAAGAACCUGCACUGCCCCCCUUGACAGACUGAAGGUGCUCAUGCAGGUCCACGCCUCCCGCAGCAACAACAUGUGCAUUGUAGGUGGAUUCACCCAGAUGAUUAAAGAAGGGGGUGCCAAGUCGCUGUGGCGGGGUAACGGCAUCAAUGUCCUCAAAAUCGCCCCUGAAUCAGCUAUCAAAUUCAUGGCAUACGAGCAGAUGAAGCGGCUUGUUGGUAGUGACCAGGAAACACUGAGGAUCCAUGAGAGGCUUGUAGCAGGCUCCUUGGCUGGGGCCAUCGCCCAGAGCAGCAUCUAUCCGAUGGAGGUGAGGGGCCACCCAGGCGCUGGAGUGGGCGGUGUGCAUGGGGCAGAGGGAGGAGUGUGCAUGCUCAUGUCCCCCUUGUUGCAGGUUCUGAAGACCCGGAUGGCCUUGCGGAAGACAGGCCAGUACUCAGGCAUGCUGGACUGUGCCAGGAGGAUCCUGGCCAAAGAGGGAGUAGCUGCCUUCUACAAAGGCUACGUCCCCAACAUGCUGGGCAUCAUUCCCUACGCCGGCAUUGACCUAGCUGUCUACGAGACACUCAAAAAUGCCUGGCUGCAGCGCUACGCAGUGAACAGUGCAGACCCUGGGGUGUUCGUGCUCCUGGCCUGUGGCACCAUCUCCAGCACCUGUGGCCAGCUAGCCAGCUACCCCCUGGCCCUAGUCAGGACCCGGAUGCAGGCACAAGCCUCAAUGGAAGGUGCACCUGAGGUGACCAUGAGCAGCCUCUUCAAGCAGAUCCUGCGGACCGAGGGGGCCUUCGGGCUAUACCGGGGUCUGGCCCCCAACUUCAUGAAGGUGAUACCAGCCGUCAGCAUCAGCUAUGUGGUAUACGAGAACCUGAAGAUCACCCUGGGUGUGCAGUCGCGGUGACGGGAGGGCCGCGGACUCACUGAUCCUGGGCCACAGCUCAGGGUGUGCAGCCAUCUCAUUCUGUGAAUGUGCCAACACUAAGCUGACCUAACCAAGCUGUGAAACCGGGGACGCUGCAGGGGAGAUGUGGGGAGAGCUGGCAGACCCUGGGCUUGUCCUGCUGGCCCAGCAGACCUUCAUGUCCCUUCUAGGGAAGACCCAUGGGCAUUCCUCAGAGUCCAGAGUGGUCAGGACUCAGGCUCCUGUGCCUAGGGACAGGGUGUUCCUGCAGUGCUUGCCAGAUAGUGAGCUUGGAGGCCGGCUUAGUUCUCCCAUCUUGUCCUGGCAGCCAGACCUCAGCCAUACCCUCCCUCCCUGUGGCCUGCUAAGCAUUCCUGUGCCCACUUCAUGUCCUUCCCUCCAGUGUGCUGUGGUAGGAGAAGGGCCACCAGCGCAUUCCGACUCCCCCUUAUCUCUACCCCUCAGUGCUGGUGAGAGGUGGUUGGGCUGUCCCUCACCCCGUUUCUGAGCCACAGCAUCGAUGCAGACUUGUGGUGCAGGAAGCCAAGUGGGUUCCACUUAUGCUCACUUAUUCUGAGCUCUUCAGCAGGGCCACCGAGAUGUGUGCAGGCACCGGGAAUGCUAGCUACCUGCUGCCGUGGUGCAUGGCUUUGCCAAAGGCUAGUGCUAGGGCCUGGAGCCCAGAGGACCUGUGCUGCCUGCCUGGGCCUUGUGUCAUCUGAGCUGUAUCCACACCCUGUCAGGACUGGACUGGCAGCAUCUCAGAGCCACACUCAUUGUCCUUUGUGGCCUGAGGGGUGGGCAGGGUGUCUGCCCGUGUCUGCUGCCCUGGUGAGCAGGAAGAGAUGCUGAAGGCCUUAAUUAUGUCUUGCUGGGAAGUGGAUUUGGUUCAGGACAAGCUGGACACAUGUGCAAGUGCUGUGAUUUCCCCAGAAGACAGAGGGAGAAAGUAGUUCGGCUGCAUUCAAGUUUAUCUGGGGCCCCUGGGGGUUUAUGUCCAGGCCCCGUGGGGCCAAACGGGACCAGCCUCACAUUCCAACACGACAUACCACACUGCUUGGAGCCUAUUUAUUUUGUAUUUAUUUCAACAGAGUUAUGUCCUAACUAUUUUUAUAGAUUUGUUUAAUUAAUAGCCUGUCAUUUUCAAGUUCAUUUUGUAUUCAUAUUUAUGUUCCAUGGUUGAUUGUACCUUCCCGUCACCACUUCAUGGAGGGGGGAGAUGAGAUGGAGGGGUGGCCACAGAGUGACCCAUGCCUCUGCCCACACUGAUGUCAUGUCUGUCCAAAGAAAUUCUUCUCCAGACUGGAGACAGAAGAAAGGGCAUGAAGGGAGGGGACCCUGACCAUGGAGAGCAUGUCCCCUGGCAGGCCAGGGUGGGGCAGCGUGAAAGUGCAAGUCCUUUUCUGGGCCGGGAGGAUUUCUUUAUUUUGCCCUUUCUGAAUAAGGCAGUGAGGUGCUGCUUGCUGUGAAUUUGGGGUGGAGAUGGAGGACAGUGCCCAGCCCCCCACCCCCAUCCGCAAAGUGCUCCUGGCUCUCUGCUGCCCUCACACUCAGUAAUGCGUCAGCUGGCCACUUGAUAGUUGUGCCUCUGUGCCCCCUCCCCCCCAGAAUGGCCUGAUGAGGAAAAUCCAAAUAGGAUGCAAAGAUCAAUGCAAAAAAUUUAUUGUUCUGCAUAAACAUACAUAGUUAUAACUGGAGUUUGUCAGAGAGCAGACUAAGAAUUGGAAGUUGUCGUUUAGAACAGCCUUCUAAUAAAAUUGCUUCAAAUGUG